GUGGACGCCCCGCCCCCCGGUGUGGAGCGCGCGGGCGCCUUUGGAACGCGGUGUAUCGAAUGCCCGGGGGGGGAAUUCCAAUUGGAACGCGGCGCUGUCAGUGACGGAUACAUUGUAUCCGGACAGGAGGGAAUCCCCGCAGCUCAGCGCAGCCCGGACACACAGCGACAGGGAACCUGCACAGACAAGCCUGAUAUACCCACCACCACCCCCCCCUCCUCCUCUCCCUCCACACACAACCCGCGGGGCAACCGGGCAGCCGCUUCAGAUACCCCUCACCCACCAUCACCAGCAGCAAGAACGCGCCCCCACCCCCCCUCCCUUCAACCCCAGCCGAAACCGCCGCCACCUCUAAUGGAGUUAGAGAACAUCGUAGCCAACACGGUGCUGCUCAAAGCGAGGGAAGGUGGGGGAGGGAAACGAAAAGGAAGAAGCAAGAAGUGGAAAGAAAUCCUCCGGUUCCCCCAAAUCAGUCAAUGUGAAGAUCUCCGGAAGGUUCUGGAACGAGACUAUGACAGCCUGUGUAACAAGCAGCCGAUCGGGAGAGAGCUCUUCCGACAGUUCUGUGAGACCAAGCCGGCGCUGAGAAGAUGCAUCAGGUUCCUCGACACUGUGGUAGAUUAUGAAGUGACUCCAGAUGAGAGGAGGAAGGAGAAGGCCGAUGAGGUCAUUCACAGGUUUCUCACCGAGGAGUCUUCCGAAUACAUGACAGAAAUUAGCAAGUCCCACAUCAUUCAGUGCAUCGAAAGCCUUGAAAAGGGCCCGUGCAAAGAGAUCUUCAGUGAAUGCUUGAAGAGUCCUCAUCAAUACCUCAGUGGAGAGCCGUUUGUGGAUUACCAAGAAAGUAUGUACUUUGAUCGAUUUCUGCAGUGGAAAUGGUUGGAGAGACAAGCCAUCACCAAAGACACUUUCAGACAAUACAGGGUUCUGGGCAAAGGAGGCUUUGGAGAGGUCUGUGCGUGUCAAGUGAGAGCAACUGGAAAAAUGUAUGCAUGUAAGAAGCUGGAGAAGAAGAGAAUCAAGAAAAGGAAAGGAGAGACGAUGGCAUUAAAUGAAAAACAAAUAUUAGAAAAAGUAAAUAGCAGAUUUGUAGUCAGCCUAGCUUAUGCCUACGAAACUAAAGAUGCACUGUGUUUAGUUCUCACCAUUAUGAACGGAGGGGACUUGAAGUUCCACAUCUACAGCAUGGGUGACCCAGGCUUUGAGGAGGAACGGGUUAUAUUUUACACGGCUGAAAUCUGUUGUGGCCUGGAUCAUCUCCACCGGGAAGGUAUUGCGUAUCGGGAUCUGAAGCCGGAGAACAUCCUGCUCGAUGACAAUGGUCACAUUCGCUUGUCGGAUUUGGGACUGGCGGUGGCGAUACCGGAGGGAGAGAGGAUUCGUGGGCGUGUCGGUACCGUCGGGUAUAUGGCUCCCGAGGUGAUAAACAACGAGCAGUACACAGUGAGUCCCGACUGGUGGGGACUGGGAUGCCUGGUCUAUGAGAUGACCGCUGGACAUUCACCGUUCCGUGCUCGGAAGGAGAGGGUGAAGCGGGAAGAGGUGGAGAAGCGAGUGCAGCAUCAGGAAGAGGAGUACAGUGACAAAUUCACGGAGGAUGUGAAACGUAUCUGUCGGGUGCUGCUAACCAAAGAUCCAAAGCAGCGACUCGGUUGCAAGGCAGAGGGGGCCAACGAGGUGAAAGGACAUCCAUUCUUCAAAGGCAUCAACUUCAAGCGGUUGGAGGCUGGCAUGCUGCAGCCGUCGUUCAUACCAGAUCCUCGAGCAGUUUACUGCAAGGACGUGCUGGACAUUGAACAGUUUUCCACGGUGAAGGGCGUGUCUCUGGACCAAACUGACAACGACUUCUACGUGAAAUUCGCCACAGGCAGCGUUCCGAUCCCGUGGCAAAACGAGAUGAUCGAGACUGAAUGUUUCAAGGAAUUGAACGUGUUUGGACCAAAUGGGUGCCGAUCUCCAGACCUGGAUUGGAACCUUCUUCCAGAGCCACCCAAAAGGAGUCUGCUGGACCGGAUAUUCCGACGUCACGCCCACGACUACACCUUCAACGCGACCAACCCGAACUCCAGCCUCGUUCCUCACGUCAACUCGAACAAGCCCACGUCCAAUGUGGCCCAGACGCCCACAGUCGCCUGACACCGUCCCACAGCCAGGCCCACUCUGGACAAUUUACCUUCUCACUGUCGUCUCAGGUUCAACUCGGAUGUAAAGAAAAAUAAUGGCAUUUUAAAGUUGGUGGCACGAUGAGAAUUGAAACAUUGCUGCUGUGUUGAUGUAGAAAAUGUAGUCAGAGGGCAGAACAGAGAAGACACCUUCCUCACAUGUCUGGCCGGGUGGAUGAGAGCCGGGUGGUCCUUGGUGAUGAGGGGUACAGAGGAGGUUGGCUCGCGUCUGCGUGCAUGGCCCCUUAUUCCUCAUGGAUUGUCUGUCCAUCUCCGGGUUGGAAUGUCGGCCUGCAAAUUCAGUUGUGAAAUUUCCAGAAGUUCAGUGGUCCCAAGAUGGGAUUUGAACCGGGGAAGGUGGGAAGAGAAUUGGUGUUGUGCAGAGGCUUGUCGCAUCCUUGAAUCCGGUGGCAUCCAGUGGUGGGAGGUCAGAAUUGCAGCCUUCCUAUUGAGUUGGGACUUCCAUUGUAUAUUGGGUGGUGUGGUAUAAUGUUAUCAGUGCCAAUAUUGGAUACCAAUAUAUUGCCAAUAUAUAUACAAGCCAAUAUUGCUUCCUUCUCAAUAGGUCCCAACGGCUAAGGAGUUGUAUAGUUCUGCUUGGAAUGAUGUUGGGCCUUAAUGUUGAGUGCCCAAGACAUGGCACUUGCCUGAGGAAUUGACUCGGAGCUGAUGGUCCAAUAGUUCGUUGGUCAGUAGUUGAGCACCUGUAGGAGGCUUAUUCAUCAAUCAUGUAAUAUUGUCCCACAGGUGAGACAAGACCAAGGUCAAAGAGUAAGACCAGGUGUGGAUGAGUGGGGGACUUGGCAUGCUAGCCGUGGUCCACUCUAUGACCAUUGAGACCCAUUGUGCUGCUGUUCUACAAGCGUAAGCUUCUAGGCUACCAGGGAACACAACUUGCAACGUUCUACCCUUGACCAAGCAGUGGCAUCUUUCCAUGCGCAACUUGGCUGCCACCACUGGCUUUGCCCGUUGCAGCUCCGUGAUGUUUUGUGGGGACGUGCGGGGUGGUUCUGACUGGAAAUGCUGGAAUAACACAGCGGGACAGGCGGCAUCUCUGGAGAGAUGGAAUGGAAACAUUCUUAUGUCUGAGGGAAGGGUCUUGACCUGAAACGUCACCCAUUCCUUCUCUCCAGAGACGCCGCCGGUCCUACUGAGUUACUCCAGCAUUUUUUGUCUAUUUUCGGUGUAAACCAGCACCUGCAGUUCCUUCCUACACGUCACUUCAUUGGGACUGGCCGCCAAUGGAGUUGAGGGCCUGCCAGUGCCCCCUAGACCUGGAUGGAGGGUUCAAGGUUCAGGAAAGGGGUGGGAGGUGCUGAGCAAGAAUUGGAACCAGGAAAUUGGGAUGGGAUCGUCACCACAAAGUCCCUUCUUGGCGUUUGACGGAAUAUUGGUCUAUUCCCGUUUCCCAGUGGCUACUCUGGAAAACCGGAAGUCUAGAGCGGCUCACGGUGGAGUUGGUGCUCCCUCUGCUGGCCACCGCAGGAACGCCAACCCCUCUGCUCUGACUCCUCCCCUCUCUUAGACAAUGGCUCGCGAUACAAAGGCCACUCAUCUUGUGUUUGGGAUUCAGUCAACAAUCUUGUUCUGCCAAAGUAAAUAUGUGUAAAGUUGCA